AGAUGAUACUAAAGCAUCACAAAGAAAUUAUUCUCAAACGGUUAUGAUUCCAAGGGCAAAGUAUUCUCAUCCCAACGCCUUGCCACAUACAUAUUUAAUGCAACAAUCGGCAGUAGCAGAGGUUGAAAAACAUCUCCAAAGAACACUAAUAAAAACGUCAUUGAAUUGUCUCUCGAUAAUGGUGCCUUGGUGUCUGCUGGUUUUGAGGUUUCGGCGAUUGUAAGCGACCAAGGCGUUGACUCAAACAGACUGGCACAUCAAUUGACUGAGAAUGAAUACGAAAAGACACCAUUGCAUCUUUCAAAAGCACAGAAAACUUCGGAGCAUAUUGCAAAGCCAAGCGUGGCAACAAUUGAUUGCUCUUCAGGACAGAUUCAAACGAUGGAUACUUGGAUGAAUAAUAUUCACACCCAUGUCUUUGAUUUGGCAGAAUAUGAAAAAUCAGCAAUUAAGUAUAAGACGGAUGUAACAGAGAAGCCGCCAUUCAAUUACUCACAUAUUAUUGGGAUGGCUAUGCUUGACUAUGGACGAGCCACUCUGCAGCAAAUAUGCGCAUGGAUUGAAUCAAAAUUUGCCUUCUUCCGCGUGCGUAAAAAGUGGAAUAAUUCCAUAAGGCAUAACUUAUCAUUACAUCACUGUUUUCGAAAUCGAAAGCGCGAGGAGAAAGGCAAAGGCGGAUACUGGGAGUUAGGCGUAGAUCCAAAAAUGUGAUAGGAAACGCAUUCGAAAUCGUAAAACAGGACAAUCCAAACGGAUGUCAUCUUUACAAUUAGCUAAAAAUAAUAGUCCUCAGAAAACUCAGACUAACGUCGAUUGUAC